AAUACUCCCUCAGGUUUCCACAUAACACAUUGGUUGUGAGAACAGCACCAGUGAGCCGAGUUAAAGCAGAUUACAAGCAGACUCUUCUGCACUGCUUACUUUGAGCAAAGGGAGUCAUGGCACUUUCCGCAGAAGGAGGAGGAGCAGCAGCAGCAGCAGCAGCAGCAACCGUCCACAGAAACCUUGAUGCACGCGGCAGGAUGUGCGCAAAAGCUGUACUGCGCAGGAAUAGAACGUCUAGGGCGGGUUCUUGCGAGGUUCUCCUUCCUUUUCAUUGGUUCUAUGGUGGGGAGUCAUAAUGUUCCCGGGGUUCGGGCAUACAUACGGGCACAUUGUGUGAUGAGCUGAAGAGAGAAAAACAAGGAGAAAAAAUAAAACGUUUUUUUUAUUAUUAAACCAACGAAAUGUUUUUAAUGGUUGGUGUAUUCACUGGAAUGACUACUUGAGUAGUUAAACCACGGUGGGAUAGUGGACAGCCGGACAAAGAGAAGGCGGCACGCAAAACGGCAUUGCCUGCUUCCUGAGUGAAUAUAACCUGAUCCAUACCAUCUUGGAUCCCACGCACACAUGCCAAAGAGGGUGGAUUGGGUGUUAGUAAACCGUUGUUUAAGGUUGCCUCUGGAGUUGGAGCAUGGCUCAAGGGUGGAAUGCUUGUUUUCAUAAACUUCAGCCAUUGUCAUCAGAUUCAAGGUCUUUGAAUGUGCCCUUGGAUUCAGAAGAGAGUUUGGCACACCACCUUGAAAGCCUCAUUGAGCAUAAUGACAUGUCCAACACUGUGGCUUCACCAGAAAAGACCUCUGACUUGAAUAUGAGUUCAAGUAUUUUCUCAAAUUCCAAUACUAGUUCUGAGUUUGUACAACAGAAAUACUUUGAUGAUGUUCUUUGGCAAGAUGAGGGUCAGCCAGCACAUCAUGGAGAUCUGUUCAAACACACAAGCAACAGCCUCUUUGCCCUAGAUAGACCAGCCAGUUCCAGUCAUUGUCUCUCAGAUUCAGGGGAAGAUUUAAACUCCCAUGAUCUUAAACAAAAAUUUGACUUAUUGAAACCUUCCAUUCCGGAGGAAUACUCUGAUGUUAGUAGCUGCUCCGAGUCAGAUGUUAAAAGUGCAGAUCCUUCUUGUGAAAAAUGUAAUAUUUCAAAUGAUAAGCCGCUGGAUGCAGAUGACAACAAGGAAAAUUCAUCUGUUCCACAAAGACUGUCUGCUUCAGAGCGUGUGGUAGAAGAGGAUCAAAAACCAGCAGGGAAGGAAAAGGACACAUUCAUGAUGCUAGAGGAUGAAUACUCUGAGGACUCAAGUGCUCCAGAAAGCCUAUCUGUUUCAGAGGACGAGGGAGAUGAGGAUCAUCUGGAUGGAGGAACACAGGAGGAGAAAGACAAAAUGUGUGUGGUGAAAGAUGGUCAACAUGCACAGACUCCAUCCGGUUCCCUAGAAAACCAGACUUCCUCUCAGAGCAAGAGAAAAGAGAAACUAGAUGAUGAAGCAAGAAAAGAUGUUUGUUUGGAAGAAGAGGAUCGAUACUCAAAUGUCAGCAGCCUACAGGAUCAAAAUGAAGGAACCAUAAUAACAGAGAGGUUAGAAGAGAUGUAUUCAUUAUCUCAAGGAAGUAUAGACUCAUUGGGUAUCAAUACCACUAAUGUUCAAGAUGCUGCAAACAAGUUGAGUGAUAAUACCUGUGCCCUUGAAUAUCAGGAUUCAGUUAGGGAUAAUGACUCAAAUGAUGCUGGUGAUGACUUUGAAAAUGGUAGCACAGGUUUUUCUGGUAUUUGUGGAUUAGACCUUGGGAAUACCAAUCAAACCUGUUUGGAAUUCCCAGAAAAUCGAUCGUUAAAAACUAGAUUUCAGAAAAUUGUAGGAAGUGGCACUCAAACUACAAACUCAACUUGUGUGAAAAGUGAAAGGGAUUCCAUUUGUCCAAUUCAAAGCAAAGAAGAUCGCAGUAGUUUUGAUUUUUUAGAACGUUGCUUAGGUCUGACCAACUCUGGAAUCGAACAAAAGUCCUGUAUUGAAAAUGAGUGGCUAAGACCUAUGGAUGAGUCGGAUGUAUUGUCUUGUUUGAAAGAGGGCCAGGCCUCUCGACAGAAUAUAAUGCACCCAAUAGAGGCACCAGACCACGUGAGAACUGGUCUUGAAAAUGUAAAGAAGCCAAUCCAAAAAGUAUUCACUGGAGAUGAGCAAGAACCCCUUGUUCUAAGUGAAUGCUACAGUGAACCAUUAUCAUUUGAAGAUUCUGUUAGUUACCCCAAGGACAAUCAGGAAAAGGGUGAAAACGGGUUUAUUCACUCAUCUGAAUUUCACCACAAGGAAGGAGAUUCCUCUGUUGAUAAUAUUGAAGAUGAAAUGGUUUUUGAAGACCAGGCAGUUCGGUUAAAAUCCUCUCUGAGUAUGAGGAAACGCCUGCACCCAAUUGUAAUACUCAAGACCUCUAAACUGAAAAAUGUCAGCAAUGGAUUCUAUUACUGUACAGAGUGUCAAAAGACAACGGAAAGUAUAGACCAUCUAAUUGAGCACCAUCAUUCUAACCACUCUGAGAACAAAUUUCAUUUCUGUCAGUCUUGUGGUACUUUUUUGACACAUGAUAUUGUAACAAAGCGACAUCAGUGCGGUGUUAUUGGUGAAAACACACCACGCACUUCUAAUACUAAACUACAGAAAGUAAAAUCAACUGGGCAUGAUUUUCACAAGUGUAGAUAUUGCAGACAGACAUUUCACAGACUGUGUGAUUAUAACAAGCAUGUGCAAAGCCAUUCGGCUAAAACUGAGCACAAGUGUAAAAGGUGUGGUGCUUACUUUUCACAAAGAGGUAAUCUAAACAGGCAUAUAAGUACCAAGCGAUGCCGGCGUUCACAAGAUCCUCUUAAAAAACAGAUUGGUAAAACUCCACAAGAUCCAUGUAAAAAAACGAUUGAUACAGCUCCACCAGAUCUUUUAAAACCACAGAUUGAUACAGCGCCACAAGAGCCUCGUAAAAAAACAAUUGAUACAACUCCACAAGAACUUUUAAAACAACAGAUUGAUACAACUCCACAAGAUCCUAGUAAAAAAACGAUUGAUACAACUCCACAAGAUAUUUUAAAACAACAGAUUGAUAUGACUCCACAAAAUCCUGUAAAAAAACGGAUUGAUACAAUUCCACAUAACCGCAAUCACAAAACGGGAACUGUAAAUCCAAAUGGCCUCCCACCAGACAGCCCCUAUGCCAAUCUUCCAGAUUGCUUUGUGAAGCUGGUGGACAUUUGCAAUGAGCAUGUUUGUCGUCUUUGUGGUAAAAGCUUUGCAACCAGUGCAAAACUGUACAAACAUGGAUACAAUGUACACCAUACAAAAACUAGGUCACAUAAUAUUAGGUCUAAGUUUCAAAACACAAAUAGAUUUAAGUGUCAAACAUGCCAGAUGACAUUCAGUAAUUCAAGCAAUUUUAGCAGGCACAAGAGAAGAUGCAAUGGAGCUGAGACAUGUAAGUGCCCUCUUUGCCCACGCCUUUUUAAAUAUUCCAACAACCGGUUCCGCCAUUUGCGCGAGCAAUGCAUUAAAGACUACAUACAGGGAAGCUCUGGGAAAGUUAACAUGAAAUUUAGAUGCCCCUUUUGCACCACCACAUUUAGUAAUGCUUCUAACCGACAUAGACAUAUAAGACUGGUAUGCCUCAAGGAAUAUAUGCACAAUGAGACUUCAAGGACAAAAGCUGAACGCCAGAAAGUGGUUGAACCAAAAGGAAAAAAUACAAAUCCUCGAAUAAAAAAAGCACUGAAUCAAAGUAAGUGGGGCUUCAAAUGCAAUUACUGUCCGUCUGUUUAUGCUUAUUCUUCUGGUAGGUACAGACACAUGAGAAAACAUACCUUGCUUGAAAAUCCUGGGAAAAAGGUGCAGUUCAGAUAUUCUAACUUAGCUCCUAUUUCAAAACAAUCCAAGGAAAGUGUUGAGGAGCCUAAAAACAAUCCACUUUCCAGUGAAGUCAGCAUCCAGCAUUUUCCCUGUUGCUUCUGUGGAAAGAUGUUCAACGCAAAAUAUCCACUGAAGAAACACAUCCAUAGUAUGCACAGGGGUGAUAAACCAUACCGCUGCCUGGAAUGUGGGAAACGUUUUAGCAAAGAAGUCUAUCUUGUCACUCAUAAAAAAGUGCACCAGCGAAGGAUACAAUGUACUGUUUGCAAAAAGAUACUUCCUACAAUUGGGGAAUUGAUUCAACACAGGCAAACACACAUCAAAAGGGGCAUGCUUCAGUGCCCAGACUGCCCGUCGCAGUUUCAGUACCCAGUAUAUCUUCUCCGACACAUGGCAUCACAUCAUAAACUUAAGCAAGAGCGGCCACUUAAAGAGAAACAAAAUAGCCACUCUCCAAUAGCUCAGCCGCUUGAGUCCUUGCCAUCAAUCAAAGAGACGGAAAAGGAGUUGGGGUGCCCCUUAUGUCCAGAGGUCUUACCCAGUGCCUCAGAACUGAGUAGUCACUGCUUAAACCAUCUAUCAGAGUCUUCUUCAAGUCGUUGUCCAUUUUGUAAACGCCACUUCUCUGCCCGCACAUCUUUGGUACGCCAUAUACGCAUUCAUACUGGGGAGAAACCAUUUACCUGUCUGAGUUGUGGCACACCAUUUCAUCGAAAAGAAUAUCUCCUGUUGCACCAUGAAAAAUGUGCACAAAGGAAGCAAGCAAUAAACACUAGCAAAGAGAGUGAAGAUGUUUCAUCAAAAUCUUUGGUAACAAGUAUAAAGAAAGUAUACAAAUGUUCAUACUGUCCUCGGGAAUUUGAAAAAGUACCUCGUUUAUUGACACACCACAAUGGCCACAUGCAAAAUACAGUUAUCCCAUGUCCAAAAUGUGGUAAAUGCUAUAGACAUAAGCGGAAGUUACAUGAACGACUUUGCAAAGGCUCAAACGUCAAACCUACGGAAUCGGUAGGCACUAUCUUACAUCCUUGUCGAAACUGUGGGAGGAAAUUUUCUAAGGAUUAUAACAGAAAUGUCCAUGAAAGGACUUGCAACACUGUAAAGCGCAUGCAAGAAAAUACCAGUUCUGGGAACUCAAAAAUGCAUUUUUGCAGGAAUUGUGGAAAGUACUUUACAAGGAGUGAUGAUUACAAUGUCCAUGAGAAGACUUGCAACUUUGACAAACUGUUGCAAAAAAGGACUACAGAAAUUAGGACGAGUAGCAGGGAUAAACUGCAGCACAAAUGCCCCCAUUGUCCAAGCAAGUUCAGGUACAGAAGUUAUCUCCUCAGACAUAUUGGGUCACACACUGGAGAAAAAUCAUAUCCAUGCAUGCACUGUGGUCACAGCUAUACAACACAGUCACGAUGCUUGCAGCAUGAAGCCUUCUGUGAUGGUGUUAACAGACAAAAGCCACCAAGUGCCAGUGUUAGAGAGGUUGAAGGUGAAUAUAAGUGCAACAUCUGCACAAAAACAUUUAUGAAAUCCCGAAACUUAAGACGGCACAUCCUAACACAUACUGACGUCAAGCCAUAUCGCUGUAAAGCAUGUGACAGCUGUUUCUCCAGACAUGAUCAUUUAAAACUACACCAGAGUCGCUGCAAAGGGAAAAGACAACGUCUAGAGGUUCGCAUUGCCAAAAUAAGUCUUGCAGAUGUUGGAAGAGGCUGGCAAAAUAACCUGGACAAUACUGAUUCAGAAAAGAAACCAUUGUUUUAUUGCAGUAUAUGUUCAAAAAGCUUCCCCACUCACAGCAAUAUGGCCAGACAUAAUGCCAUGUUGCAUGCUGUAAGAACAGUUGGCUGCAACCACUGUGGCAGUUCAUUCACUCAUGAAAAAUCACUUAAGAGGCAUAAAAGUGUUGGUGCAUGUCAAAGAAUGUUUGCAAAAACUCAGCAUUCAGAAACACAAAAUGUUAUAAGCCCACCAUCUCGAGAGACAAAUCGACUUCUACAAAGGAUCCAGCUGCAGUAUAAGGACAAACGCAAAUUCAAAUGUACCUUCUGCCCUCGCCUUUUCAAAAGUGGUGAGCAAUUGAGGGUACACACACGUUUGCAUACAGGGGAGAAACCAUUUGGCUGUGCCAGUUGUGGUGAGAGAUUUAUCCGUAGGGACUACCUGCAGCGCCAUUUGAACAAGUGUAAAGGAGAAACCCUUGACACAGUGCUUUGUGACAGGUGUGGUGAUGUGUUUUCUCAAGACAAACUUGGCAACCAUCAACAGACGUGUGUUAUCAAAUCCAAAUCACCUGCCUGUAGUCGAAAUGAUUCCACUGCUCGCAGUCCACCUAAAGGGUUUUCCUGUGCCAAUUGCAGUUCACGGUUCUUGUUGUUUUCACAACUCCAGGAGCACUUUCUCAACACACACAGUGAAGAAACAACCUCUCCGGAUUCAUCUCUACAGGAGCAGUUGUCCAGCAAAGUGAACAUAAAAGAGGAGCCUGUGGAUGAAGAAUAUGGUGACACUCAGCAGAGUGAUAACGUCUUGCUUGAUCAAGACUGUGAUAUACAUAAUGAUAUGAUGAAACCUAUUGAGUGCCCACAAUGCAACAUGCACUUUGGAAAUAAGGGUGGCUUUGCCAGGCACAUGCAUACACAUUUAGGACAGCACCCUUUCAACUGCAAGAAAUGCAAGAAAGGCUUUUGGAACAAAAACUUCUAUCGGACACACAUAAGGAAAUGUAGACUUAUGGGCAUCAACAGAGAAGGCCAAACUGACACAUUAAUUACUUCAGAGAUGGAUCCUGCUCUUAAAGAGACUGUCCUAGUUUUCAACCAAGGUUCCAAAACAACAGGCACUGGAGUCUUGCAGACUAAUUUCUCCUGCAAAGAUGACUUGAAAGAUUUAACCCUGCAGAAUUUCUCUGGAAAUCAAGGAAAAGGAAGCUCUUCCACUGAAAGAAAAAAUAGUGGUCAACAAAUCCCAGGAAACAAGUACCAGUGCUCAGAGUGUGAUAAAAGUUUCACUGAUGGCCUUCUGCUCAUUAGCCAUUUAGAGGAUCAUGGGCGAGAAGAGCUGGAAAGAAAAAAGAAAUCUUGCCAGAAGUGUGGUAAGACAUUUGCUAAUCUUGCAGACCUUGCAAGGCAUACGAGAGUCCACUGGAAUGAGAAGACAUAUUCUUGCCCAGAAUGCCCACAGACAUUUCACUAUUCUUCUGACCUUGACAUCCAUAGAACCUGCCAUGACCCAAAUAGACCAUUUGUUUGCAAAGAGUGUCAACAAAGAUUUUGGACCAGUCAGUCUUUGGAAAAUCAUCAAAGCCAAGCUCAUCCAAAGGAACUAAUUUAUACAUGCCAUGUGUGUAACAAGAACUAUUCAAUCAGAAGUUCACUUGUUAAACAUAUCAGGAUGAAGCAUCAAACUGAGAAGAAAGUCAAUGUUGAUCGAUUCGUAAAGGAAAAAGAAGCUGUGGUACAAGAUGACUUUGACAUGGAAGUUGAUGAGGAUGGAGAAAGUAAUGCAAAUAAUGAUGAGGAUGAAAAUGAUGCCAGUGAGGAUAAUGAUUCUGACUCCGCAGACUACUUCCCUUGCCAUGUAUGCGGCAAAACAUUCACUACGUCAGAAAGCCUUGAAGAUCAUCAGCGCUGUCACCUAGGUGAAAAGCCUCAUGAAUGUGCUGAAUGUGGCAAAUGUUUUUUCCAGGCAGGACAACUGCAACAACACCUACGAAGCCAUAAGUCUGAAUAUCAGUGUCAAACAUGUGGUAGAGGCUUUGUCUCACUCUUUGCCUUACGCAAACACAAACAUACACAUGGAAAGAGCCGUCAACACCGUUGUUCAAAGUGCCCACUCAGCUUCAGAGGGCCCUCACAGCUGGCGGAACACAUGGCCAGCCACCGCGAUGACAAUUUCCCUUGUGAUAUAUGUGAUCGCACCUUCUCUUGCAAGAUAAGUCGGGCAGAGCACCGGAAAAUACACACUGAGACCGAUGAUGUUCCACCACUUCUCCUUCAACCUGAGAGGAAGACAGCAUCCCCCUCUCCUACAGCCACUGCAAUAGAACAACUGAAAUAUCGCUGUGGGGUUUGCAAUGAACGUUUUAAAGAUCCAGAACAACUGUCAGAGCAUGGCUGCAUGGCUGCUAGAGAGCGACCAUAUACAUGCCAAGAAUGUAACAAGCAUUUCUUGCAUGCAUCUCACUUAAACAAGCACCAGCUUAGUCACUACCAACUACCACAAUCAUAUGUAUAUCGUUGCAAUCAAUGCCGCAUGAAUUUCAAUUAUCGUCAUAAUUUUGUCAGCCAUUUAAAGACCCAUGGUGAUGAUGAGGCAGCAGCAGAAACUCUGAAGGGAGUCUCUGUGACACAUUCUGGGGAAACUGAUGCAGAGAAGAGAACAAUUUACAAAUGCCCAAUUUGUCCUCACAGGUUUGCCCAUGCAUUGGAACUGGCAAGUCAUCUUUCAGUACACUCAGAGAACAUGAAUACAUGCAGUGUUUGUGACUUGACAUUCCCCACCAAAAGCAAGCUCGCUGAACAUGAGCGAAGCCAUUUAACUCCUGCAACACAAUAUGAGUGCACUGAGUGUGGUAAGAGCUUCUUGGGUAGUGAUCCUUUCCGCCAGCACCACUGUGCUCACAGGCAAAGUGCUGUUACAGACCAUGAACAUCCAAAUUCGUCAAGUAGAACAUCAAUGGAGGAAGAGGAAGAAGUGGAUGUUGGGGAGGACUUCUUUAAUUGUACUGUAUGCUUAAAGCGAUUCUCCUCCAGUGGUAGUCUCCAGGAGCAUCUAAACAAAGAGCAUCCCAAUGAACGACCAUUCAAGUGUCAGUCUUGUGGAAAGGCCUUUACUUUGAAGAGAUAUCUCAGAGACCAUGAAAGAAGACAACAUAAGUUUGGCACUGAACGAGCCCAGCCCUCAUUCAAAUCCACAGACACUGAAAGCCAGUACAAGUGCUCUGUUUGCCCCAAAACAUUAACCUCGUCACACAGUCUGUCAUUGCAUAUGAAAGUGCACACAGAACAGGAAUCUGGAGGAGAGCACCGUUGUGACAUGUGCUACAAAUCAUUUAAUCGGCUGUCUCUUCUAAGGCAGCACCAAGAAAGUCAUGUUGGGCAAGUUGUGUAUGAAUGCACGGAGUGUGACAAAGCAUUUGCUUUCCCUCAUCUUCUGGAGGAACAUCAAAAGACUCAUGCUGCUGGACCAUAAGUUUACUAUACUCAAAAUCCUUCUAACUAAAUGUAAUAAGAAAAGUUGGACAGUGGUCAUAGAAACAGCCUAGUGCCUCACGGAUUGGGUUGUUAUCCAAUUAGCUCAUUACUCUAAUUUCUGGUGCUGUUUGCUUUGAAGAAGCAAUUUAUGUUCUCAGUUACAUCUUACUAGUUUAAAACAAAAAAGUAAGACUCUCACUUGCUGAAUCUUGUUUUACUCCAUGUAUUUUCAAACAAAAUUGGCCUACUACAUGGUUUGUGAAAAGUUUUAAGAUAUAUUUACAGAUUUCCUUCCCCUGAUUGGUUAAUAUCUGGUUAGAAUGGCAGUUCUAUUAGUUGGGUAUAGUUCAAAUGUUUUGAGUUCCCUAAAUGCAAUAACAGUUGACAUUUGCAAAACACUGUCAAAUGUAAGCUUUUUACAGUGGAAUCCUGAUUAACUGAAAGGGGCUGUCAUUUAUAGCUUUAUGAAUCAUUAUAGAUCCAAAUGUAUUUGUUUGCUCCUUGCUUGUCCAUUGUACUUUCUAACUCUCUAAAGAUGUCGCUUUGACUUAGCCCAACAAUAUCAAAUUUUUUAUGUGACUAUAUUGAUUAAACAUGACUAUUCUCAAAAAAAUGAAGUUCCACAUGUGUAAACCACAACAUUGUAUAUCAUGUAAAUAUGACAUAAUAAUAUAGCCUAGUAGUAUUUGACAUGACAUUGACCAGUGCUGUUGUAUGAUUAUUUUCACUUUGUUCAGAAAGAUUCUGUAUCAUUCAAAUGCCUUAUCCUAAAAAUGUUCCUACUAAUGAGAUUCUACUAAUGGGCAACAUUUGUACAUAAUUGUAUCCUCUUAUUAGUUGUUACUUUUGUAUAAAUGGUAUUUAAAUCAAUAGACAUUCACACAUUUAAAAUAAAUCAACAAACUGGUUGUUUUGUUGUAUUCUUUC